AUGUUUCGUUGUAGGUUUAAUUUUAGCUUGUUAGGGAAUAGGUUAAGGGGAAGGUUUUAUUGUGCGCAAACCGCACGGCAUGUUCCCGUGAUGGCCCGGGAGACGAUUCAGUUUUUGAAACCGCAGGAUGGAGAAUUGUACAUUGAUAUGACCUUUGGUGCAGGUGGGCAUACGCGGGCGAUUCUAGAGGUUGCCCCUGGGGCGAAAAUCGUUGCACUGGAUCGUGAUCCGGUGGCCUACGAAAUGGCGCAAAAUUUAGCGGUGGAGUAUCCUGGUCAGAUCUUCCCACUUUUGGGAAAGUUUUCUGAACUACCGGAAAAGUUAAAAGAGAUGGACAUUGAGCAACGGGGCGUUGAUGGGAUGGUGUUUGAUUUUGGCGCGUCGUCGAUGCAAUUCGAUGAAGGUUCACGGGGAUUUUCGAUAAGUAAAAAUGGACCUUUGGAUAUGCGGAUGGAUAGAGAUCGAUGCCUGGACGAACCGUCCGCAGCGGAUGUUCUUUCAGUGAUAGACCAGCAAGAUCUCGCGCGGAUUCUGAAGGUGUACGGGGAAGAGAAGCACGCCAAAACGAUUGCUCGGGCCAUUGUGGAAGCUCGACAUACGCUUAAAAGAAUAGUAACUACUAAGGAGCUUGCGGACUUGGUGCAAUCAUGCUGUGGCGUUGAAAAACGUUUGGAUAAACUACAACGGGUGAGCCACCCGGCGACAAAAACCUUUCAAGCGUUAAGGAUUUUCGUGAAUAACGAACUGAACGAAAUUAAUUACGCCAUGCUGUUGGCGAAGCACUACCUUAAGAUAGGCGGUAAAAUGAUAACCAUAACGUUUCAUUCGCUGGAGGACACCAUCGUCAAGCGACAUGUAAUGGGAAACGUGCUGGACGAUAUGGCCAAUAAGUUACCGCUGCGGUACAAUAGUCACACCAUUUGCCACGGGCAGGAAGUUAUGGAAGCGGUGAUGCGGUCGCCCUGGCAUCAGCUAACGAAACCCGUAGCCGUUCCUUCUUACGAGGAAGUAGAGGAAAACCCGCGCAGCCGGUCUGCUAAGCUGAGGGCCGUUGUGCGCGUUAGUUAGAAUCGCCAAUAGGACGCUAGUAAAGUCAAUACACUUUGAUGAAUUAAAAACCAAACAAAGCGUGAGUUGUUCUGAAGUUCCGAACGCCCACUGUUGAUCAAUUUUUCGGAUCAAUAAUGUUGCAACCGGGUGCUAUAAUUUCACAUGAAAUUUUACAUACAUAUUCGUCACAUAUUUAAUCGGUUUUGUUUUGUUUUUCCUCUCUUUCAUCAUGUUCACAAUUGCGCUUAUGCGCAAUUGAUCCUUCUCGACUCGGUCUUUCUCAAAUCGCUUUGCUGUUGUUUUAUAUUGCUGUGCUUGGGAGGGGCUUCUUGCAGUUCUAUAAUUUCUAUGCAUGUUUCUUUUUACAACCUUUCUAAUAUACCUCCCUCUUGUGGAGCCGCGGCGGCAUCGGAUGGCGCUGAAAAAUCAGCUAAAACUCCGAUGAGAACAAAAAAAAAUCUAACACGCAACUCUGCUUAGAUGCUGCCGUUUUUCAAUGUGUUUUAGGUUUUUUUUUUUUAUUUUGUGUGCUUGUCGGUUGGUUUGUGUUUGUGUUAUUGGCAUUUAUUAAUAGGUAUCAGUUCAAAAUUACGAUAAGUUUUGCGUGUUUUUUUUUUUGUCAGUCAGAAAACCGCGCGGUUAAAGUUCGAUUGCUCCAAAUCGGCAGAUAAACGGAAGAACCUUAUAAAUGCGCUUGAACUAUAUAGUUACAGCGAUUAGAUAGUCAGAAGGUUUGAAAUACAAAUAAUCGUCGUUUAAUAAAACAUGAGAAUAUCUCAUAAGAUUUAUAAAAUCUCUUGUGUUUGCAUGUUUGUGUGUUCAAUUUGGUUGCUUCUAUCUGAUUUUCCUGUUGUAACACUAUAUUAAAUCUACUAGUAGUAAGAGUGGAUACAUUUCAACUAGCGCUUUUUUUUCUUGUUUUGUAUAUUUUUGUUUAAUAACUGUAUUUUUUCUUGUUUGUUCGAAGUUACAAUAAAU